AUGGCAUGGGUGAAAUUCUUAAGAAAACCUGGGGGCAACCUUGGAAAAGUUUAUCAGCCUGGAAGUAUACUAUCCCUGGCCCCUACAAAAGGCUUAUUAAAUGAACCGGGACAAAACAGCUGCUUUCUUAAUAGUGCUGUUCAGGUAUUAUGGCAACUUGACAUAUUUCGACGAAGUUUAAGAAGUUUAACUGGACAUGUGUGUCAGGGAGAUGCGUGCAUAUUUUGUGCUUUAAAGGCAAUAUUUUCACAAUUUCAACACAGUCGAGAAAAAGCACUCCCAUCAGAUAAUAUGAGACAUGCCCUGGCAGAAAGUUUUAAAGAUGAACAGCGCUUCCAGCUUGGAUUCAUGGAUGAUGCAGCAGAAUGCUUUGAAAAUAUCCUUGAGAGGAUUCAUUUUCACCUAGUGCCAAACAGUGAAACAGAUAUGUGCACUUCAAAAUCCUGUAUUUCUCAUCAGAAGUUUGCUAUGACACUGUAUGAACAGUGUGUAUGUCGCAGUUGUGGGGCAUCAUCAGACCCACUGCCUUUUACGGAAUUUGUGCGUUAUAUUUCUACCACAGCCCUGUGUAAUGAAGUAGAAAGAAUGAUGGAGAGGCAUGAACGUCUCAAGCCAGAAAUGUUUGCAGAAUUGCUGCAGGCAGCAAAUACUGCUGAUGACUACAGAAAAUGUCCUAGUAACUGUGGUCAGAAAAUAAAAAUUCGUCGUGUUCUUAUGAAUUGUCCCGAGAUUGUCACAAUCGGUUUAGUCUGGGAUUCAGAACACUCUGACCUGACAGAAGAGGUUAUGCGGAAUCUGGCAACACAACUUUAUCUUCCUGGGCUGUUUUAUAGGGUUACAGAUGAAAAAGCCAAAAAUAGUGAACUUUUUCUUGUGGGAAUGAUUUGCUACACAAGCCGACAUUACUGUGCCUUUGCCUUUCACACCAAGAGUUGCAAAUGGGUGCUGUUUGAUGAUGCUAAUGUAAAAGAGAUUGGAACAAAAUGGAAAGAUGUGGUCUCUAGGUGCAUUCGAUGUCACUUUCAGCCAUUGUUGCUAUUUUAUGCUAACCCAGAUGGCACAGCUGUAUCUCCGGAAGAUGCUCCAAAGCAGAUUAUUCACUGGUCUCAAUGCAAAGCAGCAGGAGGAAAUGAGGAAGAUUUGGGAUUUGAAAAGAAUUCUGCUCCUAAAUCAGACCACAUGAAAGAGAAUGGAAUUGGAGACCCCACUAAUCAAAGGAGUAAUAAAAAACUUCAGCCAGAUAUUUCAGGAUUCAGUAGAAGCCAUAUUCAAGCUAGUGGUGGUAGAGGUCCAGCUAAGUUAGGUUACAGCGAUCAAAAGGACAGGCUAAAAGACAUAUCCAGAGAGUGUGCUCAGAAAGCUGCUGAUAUGAAAAACUUCUCAUCUUUACGAAAAGAUGCAGACAGAGGACCAAGAAGAGAGUCUGGGAGACAAAGAGAUUUGAUUGGGGAAGAUCGUUCCAAUGUUAAGUCGGGGUCUCCUCCAGUUGGAAAUGGACUUAGACGCUGUGCUGAUCAGCGCAUAUACAGCAGCCAGGGAAGAGGCUCCUAUAAACAUGACAAUGCACCUCACCAAGCAAAGCUUUCUGUACAGGUGCUUGGAUCAAAUAAAACAGAAGCUUUUCCUGCUGGGGAGAAACCAAUGAUCAGGACCCGGCCUGAUGGUGUCACUGGCUACGAUACAGAUACCAGUCAAGACUCAAGGGACAGAGGAAGUAUCGGCAGCAGCAGAAGCAGAAGUAAAGGUUGGAAACCUAUGCGAGAGACACUAAAUGUAGACAGCAUUUUCAGUGAGACUGAGAAAAAACAGCAUAGCCCAAAGCACAAGGCAAAUCCAAACAGUAAAUCUAAGCAUGAAAAGCAGCGAAGCUUUAACCAUUGGCCAAAAGAGAACCAAAUCCAGAAAGUUUUAAUGACUAUAUAUGAAGAUGAAACAAAACAGGAUACAGGAAGUCGAAGUUCACUGGAUUCGGAGGGAAGAGGGAGUGCUGAAAAAAGCAAAGGAUUUACAGAGAGAAGAAUCCAUGGUGAUAACUGGCAAAUUCAGAGGACAGAAUCUGGAUAUGAAAGCAGUGAUCAUAUCAGCAAUGGAUCUGCAAAUCCGGAUUCGCCUGUUAUUGAAGGAAUGAAUCCAGCAGAUGUCAAGAAUGUUAAAGAAAGUGCUUCCUGCAGCGAACAGAACUUGUUGACCAAAAAAGCUGACAAUGUGUUACAUUCAGUAUCCCAGCAGAACAGAAACUUUUAUG